AUGGCCAAGAACUCUCCUAUUGCUUUAGCUCAGAAUGCCAAAGCGCUAUCUACCCAGGAGAGUGCAUGUUUCUGGGGGCCGUCUUCCCCUGCCUUUACGUCAAAUAGAGAUAAUUCCACUGCAUGCCUAUUAGAUUGUGAGAUACCUCAAAGACAGACGGCAAGCCUCCAGAUGGAAGCAUUGGGUGAACUAGAGUUCAGAAAAGUUCGGAAAACCCUAGGCAAAGGGGCAACUAAGUUGGUCGAGAGGUGGCAGGAAGUGGCACCGAAGUUUGAUGACAAUCUUUUCAUUAGAAUUCUUGUGAAUCCCAUCGGCAAAAAGGAGCAGGGGAACCGCACGAUCCAGGCUUCGUUUGAGUCUUUGUUCCUUGGCGGGCGCGAGGAGCUUCUCUCCAUACUCGACAAGAGCUUUCCUGAGUUAGGAGUACCAUAUGCAAACAGCACCUUCAAGAUCAAGUCAGACUUCAUGAAGGAGCCCAUCCCUGCGGAGGGUCUGAAGAAGAUCUGGAAGUUCUUAUUAGAAGCAGUGGAUGAUCCCCUACUAAUGAUAUUGGAUCCUUUGAAAGGGAGGAUGGAUGAGUUGGAAGAAACUGCCCUUCCUUUUCCUCGUAGGAAGGGGAACUUGUACAAUAUCCAGCACCACUUGAACUGGCCUGGGAACGAGGAUAGCCAGAAGCACUUGGAUUGGAUGAAAAACCUUUACGAUUUCAUGGCUCCUUAA